UCCAUGGAAAUUGAAGACAUAAGCAUGAAUUUCAACGUCACUUCUUCCCAAAUUCAUAAGAUCUUUACUUUGGUUUUACCUAAAGUCCAUUUUUUUCAAUUUUCUACCUCGUUGAAUUCACGCAAUCUCUACAUUAGAAUGCAAGAUUCUUCCAGGCCUGUAAUCGGCUACCCAGUUCACAACGUUAAUGGCUGCGCUCCGCCACCACCCGCCACCUCCGCUACUGCCUGCCCUUACGUUCACCCCAACCCAUACCCUUACUACCAACCGCCUCCGCCUCAAAACCAACGUCCCACCUUCUUCCGCCUCUUCAUCAUCGCCAUGGCCAUUCUCUUGUUCAUAUUCGGCAUCACACUCCUCAUAUUCUGGCUCGUCCUCCGCCCUCACCUCCCCGAUUUCUCAAUACAAUCCCUUUCCCUCUCCAACUUCAACGCCUCCAACCAGCGCGUGACCGCCACCUGGAACGCUCAGUUCCAAGUCUCCAAUCCCAACAAGAAACUCUCCAUCACCUAUGCGGACGUCGUUUCGUCAGUUUUCCACAAGGACUACUUCUUGACCGAGACGAGGAUCGAGCCCUUCUCGCAGGGCACGGGCGACGUGAGAACGUUGGACGCGAGCUUUUCCCUGGCAGAUUCUUUCGUGGAGGGGAAAGUGGUGGAUGCGAUGAAUGGGGAGAGGACUCGCGGCGAGGUCAAGUUCAACGUCGGGAUGGUGGCGGACGUGGCGUUUCGAUACUCUGGGUGGAGAGGACGGCGGAGGGUUCUUAGGGUUUGGUGCGGUGACGUAACGCUGGCCGUUUCGUCAGGGAGGAUGACCGGUGGACCCAAAAGUUGCCUCGUUGGUUGAUUUACGAAGCCAAUAUUUGUAGGGGCCCUUGUUGUUGAUAAUGAACUGAUGUUACCCUUGAUCCUGGAUGGCCAAAAAGCUGUGAUAUUUGGAAGGAUUUAGUUAAAAAUAUUGGAUGAACCCGGACUUGGUAUUUUUGCUCUUUUUCAUGCAUAAAUUCGAGCAAAUCUAGUCAACCCAGUCAUUGAUUUAGUGUUCUUGUUGUCAAGUCUCCGAUUGAAACUUGGUCUCAGUGCAAAUACUGGACAACUCCUGCCUCUUCCAGAUAGUUUAGGUAACAUUUUUUACAUACUGGAUUGGGUUUGGGCACUCAUAACUUACAUGAUUCUAGUAGUUUUAUCCUUUUUUCUUUGCUUGUUCGAUUGUUGGACCUUGUCUUGAUUUCCAUAUUUACCAAGGAAACCAUAGUCCGAUCAUAUUUGAACAUUAAUACUAAUAAGAAAGCUGCUCUUCUUUCUCUGUUUUACUAGUGUAUGUUGACUUAGAUAUGUCUCUCCAGCCCUAGGGACCUUGUUUAAAAUCUUUCAUAGGCAAUUCAAUUUUCAAUACUAGGAACACUUUGCUUCUUUCUAUUCUUUUAGCUAUACUUUCUUGGUUUUAUCUUCCUCUGGUUUAUGUUUUUAGCUUUAACUCCCUAUCAUGGUAGUUUAGUUCGUAAAACUUAUAGACAGGACGAUGAUGGAUAUGCCGUAAUAUCAUCUUUUUUCACAAUUUGGGUUUGGAU